UCAUUUUGUGUACUGUUUAUUCGCAGUAUCAAGCUGAAUCAUACCAUAAUAACAUCGCGGGGAUUUUUCUGAAAUCCACACAUUAUAUAAAUCUCUGCUGAGUUUAAAUUAACAUUAGUUUCUUUUGUAAUGUUACUUCAAUCACUACCAACCAAUUAUGGUGUUUAUCGCAACAAAUGAAGAGCAAAAACAAAAUAAACAAAAGGUGAUCCUCGACCUCAAAAUCAUUGCAUAUUUUCUCGUUAUAUUUUUGGCUAUGUUGGCUACUAUUUUCGCUUUUUCGGCCCUUAAAAAUCAUCACAAUGUGGCCAGCGACGAUUUUUUAAUCCUCCCAUACGACGGAUGGCCAACUUUUUUCAACCGAGAACAAUGGGGUGCCAAACCUGCACUUAACCAAACCCAACUCCAACACCCAGUGGAUUUAGUAAUAGUCGCACAUACCGUCACCACAUUUUGCCGGAAUUUCGAACAGUGUUCAGAAAUUAUUACAUCUAUGCAAAAUUAUCAUUUCAAUUUAAAAAUGACAGACAUUGGGUAUAAUUUUCUAAUUGGAGGUGAUGGAAAUAUUUAUGAAGGACGAGGUUGGGAUUUUGUUACUUUUCAAAAUAAUCACUCGAUUAGUGUUAGUUUUAUCGGUAAUUUUCUGGCGGAUGAGUUAAAUUUAUAUAUGAUUGAUGCUUUUCAUCAACUGAUGAUUGACGGUGUUAAAGAAGGAAAAUUGAGUAAAGAUUAUAAAAUAGUGUGUCAUAAUCAAACUAAAGCAACGUUAAGUCCAGGUGAAAAUGUGUAUAAAGUGGUGAAAAUGUGGCCGCAUUUUCGCCCUGGAAUAUUACAAAACUAAUCUAACAACUAGCAGUGUUAACUCGAUUGACCUUCCAUCAAUGCAUCAAUGUUGAUACAAGAUAUUUUUUUUUUAACAAAAUAAUGUGUAUUUUGUUAAUUGAUGAAUUUCAAUUCAAACCAGUCGAACAAGUUUCACGUUAUGAAUAAAUAUAAUAUAUCCAUGUUUAACUGUGAUCAGUGGCGUUGCUUUUGUAAGCAAUAAAAAAAUCUUAAAAAGCUAAACCAAAAUUCUAAUGUUGACAUAUUUAGCUUUAAUACCUUCAAUAAUUACUAAAAUAAAUUCAUUACAAUACAAUGAUUUUUUUUAUUGCAUUA